UAACUGCACAAGCACUGCUCCACCAAUAACCUCACACCAAUACACAACUGUGCAACCCCUACCUCCCAAUAACUACACACCUACUGUUCCACCAAUAACCUCACACCAAUACACAACUCCCAAUAACUACACACCUACUGCUACACCAAUAACCUCACACCAAUACACAACUGUGCAACCCCUACCUCCCAAUAACUACACACCUACUGCUACACCAACAACCUCACACCAUUACACAACUGUGCAACCCCUACCUCUCAAUAACUACACACCUACUGUUCCACCAAUAACCUCACACCAAUACACAACUGUGCAACCCCUAGCUCCCAAUAACUACACACCUACUGCUCCACCAAUAACCUCACACCAAUACACAACUGUGCAACCCCUAGCUCCCAAUAACUACACACCUACUGCUACACCAAUAACCUCACACCAAUACACAACUGUGCAACCCCUAGCUCCCAAUAACUACACACCUACUGCUACACCAAUAACUUCACACCAAUACACAACUGUGCAACCCCUUGCUCCCAAUAACUACACACCUACUGCUACACCAGUAACCUUAUACCAAUACACAACUGUGCAACCCCUGCCACCCAAUAACUACACACCUACUGCUCCACCAAUAACCUCACACCAAUACACUACUGUGCAACCCUUACCUCCCAAUAACUACACACCUACUGCUACACCAAUAACCUCACACCAAUACACAACUGUGCAACCCCUACCUCCCAAUAACUACACACCUACUGCUCCACCAAUAACCUCACACCAAUACACAACUGUGCAACCCCUAGCUCCCAAUAACUACACACCUACUGCUACACCAAUAACCCCACACCAAUACACAACUGUGCAACCCCUAGCUCCCAAUAACUACACACCUACUACUCCACCAAUAACCUCACACCAAUACACAACUGUGCAAAUCUUACCUCCCUAUAACUACACACCUACUGCUACACCAAUAACCUCACAUCAAUACACAACUGUGCAACCCCUACCUCCCAAUAACUACACACCUACUGCUACACCAAUAACCUCACAUCAAUACACAACUGUGCAACCCCUAGCUCCCAAUACUGUUACACCAACUUAA